AUGGACUUGAUGCAGGGAGGGUCGUCGAAGAUAAGGACGGCGGCCCGGCCUACACAUGAUGGAACACACAUUGCCGACGAUGCGGUACCAGGGCUAGAGAAGAGAUCCCAAGAAUGCCCGCCGCAGUACUGCAUUGCCACUAUCUUCAAAGACGCGUCGCUGGAUGUUGUUAGGGAUUUCUUCUGGGAUGAUGACUUCCGGGUCAAGAACACUUGGGACAAUAUCUGCAGCACGAGAUUGAACGACGGGUGCACAAAGACUGGAACAAUGGUUGUUUGCUGGGUCAGGAAGUUUCCAUUCUUCUGCAACGACAGGGAGUAUGUUAUCGGUCGCAGGGUCUGGGCAUCGGGAAAGACGUACUACUGCGCUAAUAAGGUGUUUUAUGAAAUGUCCUCCGUCCGAAAAUACUUGUCAUCAAAAUGA